AUGUUCUCGCUACACGCCAAGCUCCCAGUGUAUAUCCUGUCCUCCGUCGUUCUAUUUGGCGCCUUCUCCCGAUUCACUCAUGGCCAGUAUACUCCGACAUGGUAUGCGUUCCAGGAGUACCACAUGCCGGACGAUGGCUCAACUGGUGCCAAAGUCACCCCCGUAGUGGAUACACUCGUGGGUCUGAGUCUUAUCUUUGGGAGACGAAAAUUGAGGCUCUCUGCAGCUGGUAUUAGCUUGGUAUUCUUCGUUAUCGGACUGGCAAUGCAAGUCCACACUGGGAAAGAUUAUCUUGGUGAUAUCGCGCUGCUUAUUCUUGCAAUGGCCUCGUUGAUAGUAUCACACAGAUCAAAAAUGGGUUGA